AUGGCAGAUGUGAACGAGGAACAGGUACAGACCCUCAGUGAAACUAUUCUACCAGUCACGGCACAUCAUUUCAUUGUCCAACACAUGAUGGCUACUGCUGCUGCAGCGGCAGCAGCUGCGGCUGCUGCUUCCACAUCCCGACAAAUACAGCUAGAAGAGGAGAAGCUGACUAGUAAGAAUUCCAGUCACGAUUUUGGGUGA